AUGCGCCCAGCAGCAGGUCUCCGCUGCCACUGUCGGAGACGAUGAUGUUGCCGCCUCUGAUGCCGCUGAUGAUGAUGAAGUUGCUGCCGAGGCAACAGGCCAACUGCUGACAGCCAAGUGCAACUGAAAAGAUACAAGAUAGGAGGAGAGGAGAGGAGAGAAGAUACUAGACAAAAGCGAAAGGAACAGUGCAUUUCCUGCUAAGCGAGAGAGCGGGUAGAUCUGCCCAAGAAUCUACCUACAUUCUCGAGCGGAAAGGAAAGAGCGUGGAGUUGCCCUCUGCCACUCGUUACUCGCUGCUCGUCGGUCGCUGCUCGCUGCUCGACGCUUCUGUUCCAUCAUCAUCUGGUUUCAUUACGGUCAAGAAGCGCGUUCGAGACGGCCGCACGUAAAACGCUCGACAAAAAAAAGAAGUGAGCGCCGGGGAGUGCGCGCGCGUGUGUUUAAUCCCGCCUCCGCCCCCAAAAUAUCCAAGAGAGAGUGGAAAAACAGUGAAGCGCGAGUGAGAGUGCCGUGUGCCCCUAUCAAUCCUUUCGUUCCGUUUCCGGGCAAAUAUUUACCAAAUCCGAUUGCUUGAUUGGUGUUGACAAAGUGGCGUCCGCCCACGCAUCCGACGGCGCUUUCAAUUAGGAACAAACGCCGCACGCUGCUGCUUAAAUGUGCCACAAUGGCGCCGCCGUCCAGGACGACGACGAGGCUGCCAUCACCAGCAUCAGCAAAAGCACCAACACCACCCACACCAUUUCGGACCCUGCCUUUGCUCCUGCUGCUUCUGGUCCUGCACCAUGAUGCCAUCCGGCCAGUGGGCGCCGAGCCAUAUGCCAUGGGCGGCUAUGCCAGUUCCAGCGUCGCCAGCGGGGGCCUGGGCUCUGUGGGCAUUCACAUACCCGGAGGCGGUGUCGGCGUCAUUACGGAGGCCCGCUGUCCGCGGGUCUGCUCCUGCAGCGGAUUAACCGUCGACUGUUCGCACCGAGGACUCACCCAGAUACCCAGAAAGAUCUCAGCAGAUGUGGAACGACUCGAUUUGCAGGGCAACAAUUUGACCGUGAUAUACGAGACGGAUUUCCAGCGGCUGACCAAGCUCCGAAUGCUACAACUGACUGACAACCAAAUCCAUACGAUUGAGAGGAACUCCUUCCAAGAUUUGGUCUCUUUGGAGCGACUACGCCUAAACAACAAUCGACUAAAGGCAAUUCCUGAAAACUUUGUGACAAGUUCAGCGAAUCUUUUGCGAUUGGACAUCUCCCACAAUGUCAUCGCGACGGUGGGAAGGCGAGUCUUCAAGGGUGCCCAGUCGCUGCGUAGCCUCCAGUUGGACAACAACCAGAUCACCUGUCUGGACGAGCAUGCCUUCAAGGGUCUCGUGGAGCUGGAAAUACUCACGCUGAACAACAAUAAUUUGACCGCCCUGCCCCAUAAUGCCUUCGGCGGACUGGGCAGAUUGAGGGCGCUACGACUGUCGGACAAUCCGUUUGCCUGCGAUUGCCAUUUGUCCUGGCUGUCGCGCUACCUACGCAGCGCCCCGCGGCUGGCCCCCUACACCCGCUGCCAGUCCCCCUCGCAGCUGAAGGGCCAAAACGUGGCGGACCUGCACGACCAGGAGUUCAAAUGUUCAGGUCUGACGGAGCAUGCCCCGAUGGAAUGCGGAGUGGAGAACAGCUGUCCACACCCAUGCCGCUGUGCGGAUGGCAUCGUUGAUUGCCGUGAGAAGAGCCUGACCAGUGUGCCCGUCACGCUACCAGACGACACCACGGAACUACGCCUCGAGCAGAAUUUCAUUACGGAACUGCCACCGAAAUCGUUCUCCAGCUUUCGACGCCUGCGACGCAUUGAUUUGUCCAACAACAACAUCUCGAGGAUAGCCCAUGAUGCACUCAGCGGCCUAAAGCAGUUAACCACACUCGUGCUGUACGGCAAUAAAAUAAAGGACUUACCCUCGGGCGUUUUCAAAGGACUCGGCUCGCUGCAGCUGCUGCUGCUGAACGCCAACGAGAUCUCGUGCAUACGCAAGGACGCCUUCCGCGACCUCCACAGCCUCAGCCUGCUCUCGCUGUACGACAACAACAUACAGUCCCUGGCUAAUGGCACAUUCGACGCCAUGAAGAGCAUCAAAACGGUACAUCUGGCCAAGAAUCCUUUCAUUUGUGACUGCAAUCUCCGCUGGCUGGCCGACUAUUUGCACAAAAAUCCCAUAGAGACAAGUGGAGCGCGCUGCGAGUCGCCCAAGCGGAUGCAUCGUCGUCGCAUUGAAUCUCUGCGCGAGGAGAAAUUUAAAUGCUCCUGGGAUGAAUUGCGAAUGAAGCUGUCCGGAGAGUGUCGCAUGGACUCGGACUGCCCGGCCAUGUGCCAUUGCGAGGGCACCACCGUCGACUGUGCGGGCCGUGGGCUGAAGGAAAUACCACGUGACAUACCCCUGCAUACAACUGAGCUUUUGCUCAACGAUAACGAACUGGGACGCAUCAAUUCCGAUGGCCUCUUUGGACGGCUGCCGCAUUUGGUGAAGCUGGAGCUGAAGCGCAACCAGCUGACGGGCAUCGAGCCGAAUGCCUUCGAGGGUGCCUCGCACAUCCAGGACCUGCAGCUGGGCGAGAAUAAGAUUAAGGAAAUCUCCAACAAGAUGUUUCUGGGCCUCCAUCAGCUGAAGACACUCAAUUUGUACGACAAUCAAAUCUCCUGCGUCAUGCCUGGCUCCUUUGAGCAUCUCAACUCACUGACGUCGCUUAACCUCGCCUCGAAUCCAUUCAAUUGCAAUUGCCAUUUGGCCUGGUUUGCCGAAUGGUUGCGUAAAAAGUCGCUGAAUGGUGGAGCGGCACGUUGUGCGGCCCCAUCGAAGGUACGUGAUGUGCAAAUCAAGGAUCUGCCACACAACGAAUUCAAAUGCAGCAGCGAGAACAGUGAGGGCUGCCUGGGUGAUGGCUAUUGUCCGCCGUCGUGCACCUGCACCGGCACUGUGGUCCGCUGCUCACGCAAUCAAUUGAAGGAGAUUCCGCGCGGCAUUCCCGCCGAGACAUCGGAACUCUAUCUGGAGUCCAAUGAGAUCGAACAGAUCCAUUACGAGCGCAUUCGACAUUUGCGAGCUCUCACCAGACUCGAUCUCAGCAACAACCAGAUCACCAUACUCUCCAAUUACACCUUCGCCAAUCUGACCAAACUAUCCACGCUCAUCAUCUCGUACAACAAGCUGCAGUGUCUGCAGCGGCAUGCGUUGUCUGGCCUCAAUAACCUGCGCGUGCUCUCGCUGCACGGCAAUCGCAUCUCGAUGCUGCCGGAGGGCUCCUUCGAGGAUCUCAAGUCAUUGACACACAUAGCCCUGGGCAGCAAUCCGCUGUACUGCGACUGCAACUUGAAGUGGUUCUCGGACUGGAUCAAGCUGGACUAUGUGGAGCCGGGCAUUGCACGCUGUGCGGAGCCCGAGCAGAUGAAGGACAAGCUGAUCCUGUCGACGCCCUCGUCCAAUUUUGUGUGCCGCGGCCGCGUGCGCAACGACAUCCUGGCCAAGUGCAACGCCUGCUUCGACCAGCCCUGCCAGAACAAGGCUCAGUGCGUGGCCCUGCCACAGCGGGAGUACCAGUGCCUCUGCCAGCCGGGCUACCAUGGCAGGCACUGCGAGUACAUGAUCGACGCCUGCUACGGCAAUCCGUGCCGCAACAAUGCCACCUGCACGGUGCUCGAGGAGGGACGCUUCAGCUGCCAGUGUGCGCCCGGCUACUCGGGUGCCCGCUGCGAGACGAACAUCGAUGAUUGCCUGGGCGAGACGAGGUGCCAGAACAAUGCCACCUGCAUCGACGGCGUGGAGUCGUACCGCUGCGAGUGCCAGCCCGGUUUCAGCGGCGAAUUCUGCGACACAAAGAUCCAAUUCUGCAGCGCCGAGUUCAAUCCGUGCGCCAACGGAGCCAAGUGCGUGGAUCACUUUACGCACUACAGCUGCGACUGCCAGGCGGGCUUCCACGGCACCAACUGCACGGACAACAUCGAUGACUGCCAGAACCACAUGUGCCAGAACGGCGGCACCUGCAUCGAUGGCAUCAACGACUACGUCUGCAAGUGCCCCGACGACUUCACCGGCAAAUACUGCGAGGGCCACAACAUGAUCUCCAUGAUGUAUCCGCAGACAUCGCCCUGCCAGAACCACGAGUGCAAGCAUGGCGUCUGCUUCCAGCCCAAUCCCGCCGGCUCCGAUUACCUGUGCAAGUGCCAUCCGGGCUACACGGGCAAGUGGUGCGAGUACCUCACCAGCAUCAGCUUUGUGCACAACAACUCGUUCGUGGAGCUCGAGCCGCUGCGCACCAGACCCGAGGCCAAUGUGACGAUUGUCUUUAGCAGCGCGGAGCAGAAUGGCAUCCUGAUGUACGACGGACAGGAUGCCCAUCUGGCGGUGGAGCUGUUCAAUGGACGCAUUCGCGUGAGCUACGACGUGGGCAACUACCCCGUGUCCACCAUGUACAGCUUCGAGAUGGUGGCGGAUGGCAAGUACCAUGCCGUCGAGCUGCUUGCCAUCAAGAAGAACUUCACGCUGCGCGUGGACCGCGGCCUGGCACGCUCCAUCAUCAAUGAGGGCUCCAACGAUUACCUGAAACUGAUGACGCCCAUGUUCCUGGGCGGUCUGCCCACGGAGCCCGCACAGCAGGCCUACAAGAACUGGCAGAUACGCAAUCUGACCAGCUUCAAGGGCUGCAUGAAGGAGGUGUGGAUCAACCACAAGCUGGUGGACUUUGGCAAUGCACAGCGACAGCAAAAGAUUACGCCAGGCUGUGCCCUGCUCGAGGGCGAACCCGCCGACGAGGAGGAUGACGAGCAGGACUUUAUGGACGAGACGCCUCACAUUAAAGAGGAACCCGUGGAUCCCUGCUUGGAGAACAAGUGCCGACGUGGCAGCCGCUGUGUGGCGAAUGCCAAUGCCCGGGAUGGCUACCAGUGCAAGUGCAAGCACGGCCAACGUGGACGCUACUGCGAUCAAGGUGAGGGCAACACAGAGCCCCCAACAAUCACCGCUGCAUCCACGUGCCGCAAGGAGCAGGUGCGAGAGUAUUAUACGGAGAACGACUGCCGCUCCCGGCAGCCGCUGAAGUACGCCAAGUGCGUGGGAGGCUGCGGCAAUCAGUGCUGCGCGGCCAAGAUUGUGAGGCGCCGCAAGGUGCGCAUGGUGUGCAGCAAUAAUCGCAAAUACAUCAAGAAUUUGGAUAUUGUCCGCAAGUGUGGAUGCACCAAGAAAUGCUACUGACUGAAAGAUGCGACUACCCAAUUGCUCGAACGGAGCAAUAGCAGCUUAGAUGUUAGUUUAGGAACAGGUUUAAAUUUAACUUAUAUUAGCGGUAGGAAUAGUAGUAAUAGUAACGAUAGUCUUAGCUUUAGCCCUAGGGACGACACCACGAAACUGGGGGCCCAGAAAAGUGUUGACGAGAAGGUGGAAGAGGAGGAGAAGGUGGAGAAGGAGGAGCAGGAGGAGGAAGCGGAGUUGGUGGAUAGUGAGGAUUAUCCCACAGAGCAAACAGAUCGCAUGCAGGCAGAUCUCUACGACGACGAUGAUGAUGACGAUGAUGAUGAUGGUCUGGAUGAUGAUGAUGAUUUUCCAGGUGAAGAUGAACGGGAGUCGCCCGAGUCGCUGCCCGACCCCAAGGGUCUGGUGGGCGUACAGGACGAGGAGGAGGAUAUGGGCUAUGACGAGGACGAUGAGCGGAUAGCACUCGAGCGGCCGCGCACAGUCAGGCCACGGGCGGACGAGGAGCAGUUUGUCAAUGAGGAGGGCAGUGGCUUUGGUGGCUUUCAGUCAAGGUUCAGGCCAAGCAGCAGCAGCAGCACUGGCAGCGCCAGCUAUCGACAGAGCCAGCUGGAGAAUAUUCGCAAGAAGCUGCUGACCGAGAGCCAGUCCGCUGCGGCGGCGGCUGUGGCUGUGGCUGUGGCCGUGCCGAGCACUGCGAUCGAUCUGCGCGAGAGCAGUGGCCAUUUUGCUAACGAUGAUGAGGAUGGCGAGGAUAACGAUGACGGCGUUGAUGACGAGUUCGCCGACACAGGCGACGGUGCUGGCUUCUUUGGUGCUGGCUCGCAGCAUCAGCAGCAGCAUCAGCGGAAGAGUGGCAGCCACUAUUACCGCAAGAAUGGCAACGAUGCCAUCAAGAUUAUCUCCACGCCGCUGGGCAAGGUGAGCAUUGUCUACCAGCAGACGGACAAGGAGCAGGAUCAGCUGGACAAGGACCAGCAGCUGAAGCAGCAACAGCAGCAGCAACAGAAGAAGCCAGCGCUCACCGACUUCGAUGCCUUGUCGCCCGACCCAGAGAGCAGUCAUCGUUUUCCGUCGCCACAUCCGAAGAUUACGCCCGUUCUAACACCCGAUGGCAAGGUGGCUCUGCUCUACCGCGGAGACUCGGAGAGCUCCAAGUACGAGCCCAUACGCAAUCUUACCCACAAGUUCGCCGGCACGCCGUCGAAGGAGUCCUCCUCGAAGACCUCCACCCUGGACAGUGCAGCCGACGACUCGUCCGCGGACGAUUCCGUCUAUACGGACAGCGAGGAUAGCGAGGAUCGUGCGGAUGGCAAGUCAGAGGCCACAGCGGCCACCACGCCAAAGCCCGUUCAGCCAGAGAUUAUGGAGCCCCCGGCAAAUGUCCAACCUGGCGGAUCCUUCAUCAUUCGUCCCACUUCCGACUCGCUGCUGCCGAUGAUCAAUCGGCCGCUGUCCGAGGUGCUGGGCAUCAAGAAGAACCAGUUCCAGGAGACGCGAGUGCGCGACCAGCUGCCCACCCUGCCCACAGAGGCCACGCCUCGCUCCCUGCUGGCACAGCCAGGCGGAGGUGGCGGAGCUGGCGGUGAGACGUCGCGUCACUUCCUCACGAAGGUGAAUCUGGCCGAGUACCCCACCUCGGGGCGGACGCUGCAGCAGCCGCUGAUGCCGUUCAGCCGCGACUUUGACUUUAGCAGGGACAACACCAUGCUGGACGAGCGGUCGCGGAUUCGUGAGCUGGAGAGGCAGCGGGAGAGGGAGCGGGAGCACAAUGAGGCCACCAGCAAGGGCGGCGGUGGUGGAGCCACGGAGGCGCACACGAUAGCCAACGAGCAGCUGCUGGCCAAGACGGAGGUCAUCAAUCUGGCCAUUGUGCCGCAGUUCGAUGAGGACAUGGAGCGGCUGCAGCGCCUGCACGAGAACGGAGGAGGCUCCGGCGGCCGGCGACACCACAGGGCACGCCACCGCCACAAGCAGACGGAGGAGGAGCUGUCCGGCAUCCAUUGCGUCAUGCAGGUCAUGAUGGGCAUUGCGGCCGUCUCGACGGUCUUCGGGAUGCUGGGCACCUUCUUCAAGCAGCGCAUUCUCGAUCAGCUGCGCAUGAUGCACUGGUAGUACAACAAAGGGUAUUCGAUGUUCGGUAUCGAAUGCCCCACUUUUCCCAUCUACAUCUACAUCUACAUCUCCAUUCCCUACGCAUUGUCAUCGUCAUCGCUAUGGCCAUCGUUGUCCACUCCAUCGACUACUAGAACACGAGGCAUUCUCCUUCUGCUAUUACUACUACUUCUGCUCCUUCAGCAUAUGUAUACUCACAGAUCUAUAUAUAUAUAUAUACUCGAACCAUAUAUCCCUAUACAUAUAUAUACAUCAGCUAAUCACAUAAUCUAUAUGCAGACACAUAUAUGAUGAAGCAGCGGCAUCAAUUUGCUUUCCUUUUCCCUUCCGCUAUUAUGUAACCCUUCGGCGGAGUGUCCAGCAAUUGAUGGAGCUCCCCAACAUAUGCAUAUAUAUAUUCUAUAUUAUAUAUUCAUUAUAUAUCUUCUAUUGAUAUAUCCAAUUUACUAGUGCAAGCUACCCAGGCGAUGUGCAUAAUACUCUGAAUAACUAACUGAUUAUACGGCGAUCGAAUACGAUCCGAAUUAUCCAGUCAAUGUAUGUAUGUAAAUGAAACGCAACUGUAGCCCCUGCCAUGCCCAAGUAGCAGGUCCAAGUCCUUAUCCCUUUUCGCCUCCGUUUCAGAGAGAUUUAAUUUACUUUCCAACUCGGUUUGAGAUGUAAAUUCUCUUUUCUUUCCCCCAAACCAAACCACCUUUACGAGCUUUAAGCAAAGUCCUGCCAUCUGAAACAUUCCUCCUCUUCAACAAAUCAUCAGCGCUCCUUCCCCUCCAAAUCGAUCAAAGAAACACUGAAAUUGGAUGUAGUACAGUACCGAUUCCUGUUGUAGAUAGAAAACGAAAACAGUUGUUGAAAGAUAAGCCAGCCACAUGGCAAUCGAAUGACAAAGCGAUAAAUGAUAAAUGAAAACUUAAUGAAAGAAACAAACACCGUAAAAUCGCACACCACACAAUACAAUUAAAUUAACAAAUGCAAAAAAAAGGUCGUUUUAAACGCACCCUGCAA